UGCAAGUCUUUCAAGACUUGCAGCAAGCGUUGGGGGUGAAUUACUCUAGUUGGACCUGCAGCCUGUCCACUUUGUGGUGCGAUGACCAAGGCAUGGUGAUCAGCAUGCAUUUGAUUGGCGGCGAUGACUUCAACGGAUCCAUUCCAGAUUCCAUCAGUGCCUUGGACAGGCUGACCCAUUU